AUGAGUAGUACUACUACAAAUACUAACAGUGGUAGUAGUAAUAAUAAUAAUAAUACUCAGAGUAAAUCGACGACUUCAACAACUCCACAUCAAUCAUCUUCUUCAAACCUAUCAAAACAAAGUAGUAAUAAGUCAUAUAAAUCUUCAUCAUUUAAGCAAAAGACAACCUCAUCAACGACUACUACUACUUCUACAUCUUCACAACAACAACAACAACAAUCUCCACAAAAAUAUGUAAAGAAAUCAGAUCAUCAACAUCAAAGACAACAACAUCAACAAACAAAACAACAGUCAAAUAUAAAUAAUAGUCAAGAUAAUAAUAAUUUUGAUUUACAACAACAACAACAAAGAAUACAUGAUUUAAAUUUAGUUGAUGAUAUAGAUGUAGAUAUACCGACUGCAUUUGCAACGAUUGCAUCUACAGCACCAACUUUAUUAAUGCCAGCAAAGUCAGGAAGACCCUGUGUUGUUGGUGUUAUCGGUGACUCUAGUAAAGGUAAACAUCUCUUUCUCAACAAACUGGUCAAUGACUCUGUAUUCCACAUCAUAAACUUGCAGCCAAACAACAAUAGUGCCAACAUCACACCCGAAGACACUGUCAAACUCGAGAUCUACAACGAUGCAUCCAAAGACAACGUAUACAUCAACUUAAACUCUGUUAGAGAUACCAAACUUCUAAUAAAUGCAUGGGAGUUAAUUGAUAUAGAUAAUUCAAAUGAAGUAGAGAAAUGGUUGGAUGAUGCAGACUAUGUAUAUUUAAAGUAUCUUUUAUUUAUGUUUCAUAUUUGUAAUGUUAUAUUUUUGGUAUUUGAAAAUCUAACAAUGAAAUUAGAGUAUUUCAACUUGUUCAAGAUAUUGAAGCAUGUCAAACAGAUGGCAUCACCAGCAAUCAAUAACCUGUUGGCAAAGCAGAAUAUCCCGACGGAUUUACACCCAUUCCUCACACCUGGUAGGUGUAUCCCCAUUCUCCAAGUAUUCUUGGUGAAGGAUCUCACCGAUAACUACUCGAGAGAGUUUCAUUUGAAACUGGAAGAUGGACUUAAGAAACAAAUCCUAACGAUUCUUAAGAACAAUGGUUUAUUUACACCAUUCAGUUGUUUUGCAAAUGCAAAAAAGGAUUCAAGUGUACUUUUCUUAAUUGAAAUGAAUAGACCGUUAGUUAGAUUAAUAAGAUUAUAUCAAAUGUAUAAUAUAUCAGCUCCUACCUUACCAAAUAACUUGAUUAGCAACAACAACAAUAAUAAUAGUAAUAAUACAUUGAAUCUAUCAUCUAAUAACAUUAAUAAUGAAUAUAUACCACAGCAACAACCAUUACAACAACAACAACAACAACAAGCUAAACCACAAUCAAUUCAAAAACAUUUUAGAUUCUUCUCACAACUCAUGAAUGUAUAUGAAUCUGGAUAUCAUAAUAUUCCUACUGCUUGUAUUAACAGCUAUAAACAAUCUCUAGUUAAUCUACAAUGUGAGCAAAUCAACUUUAUAAUUAUAUUAAUCACACAAUCCAUCAAGCUUCCAGAGUAUAGUCUAUGGGAGAGAGUUAUUGUUUCACUUCAAUCUUUCUUUGAACAAAAAGAUAAUGUACUUGUUAACUUGAAGAAUUCUCUUGGUGUAGAUACUCAAUUCUCAACAAAGAAUUGUCAAAACUAUUAUAAGAGUGCGUUAGAUCAAUAUUUAGAUGGACUGCCUGCUAUCUAUGGAACCAAAGCUCAUCAAUCAAAGCUACAAAAAGCAAUAAAGACACUGAGCUUCUAUGCUGCCGGCCCGUCACUCGACCAAUUCGUUGCAAACCUAACAGCGGAAUGCGAAUCACAUUGGAAGAAAGGCAGGAAACUCUGCGAAGCGGAAUCUAUCACCGGUCGGCUGUGCACUCACAAAACGCACCCUCUGCCACCGAAAGAUGGCUCGUCACCGGCCGAUCCCGACGCGAAACCACACCACUCUGGAUUCCGUACGCUCGGUUCCUGCAAUUGCGGCAAGUCGAUCAAGUUGAGAGAAGAUAUUUUCGAUCUCGACUAUGGCAACUGCGAGUUCUUCCAACAGGAUUGCUGCUCUGCCUACCAGAAGAUCGAGUUGCCAACGACCAACAUGCAUCUAAUACCUGCUUCGUCGGUGACACCCAAGCGACUGCAGUCGACCAACAUACCAUGGCUCUCACUGCUUCGUCAUGGAAAGUCGUCGAUCUACAACGCACAAGACGGUGUACCUGGCGACGGAUACUUUGUAAACAAUGAAUCGAUACUACAAGACUGGGAUUUCAAGAGAGUAAUGAAUAUUUGGAAUCUAAAUAAUACCAACAACAACAAUAAUAAUAAUAACAAUAACAACAAUAAUACAAAUUCUACAACAACAACAAACACUACAAAUUCAACAUCAAACUCUAAUGUUAACAAAGAUACUACUUCUAUAAAAUAUGAAGUUGGUAAACUAUCGUUUGAAUAUCAAUGUCCACUCGGUCAUAGAUUCUAUGAGAAAAGAAGAUCAAGAAAGUUCUUCAUCUCUGUCAAUAGCAAGAAUGAAUACAAGAUCUUCUAUCAACGCCAACUGCUAGAGAGUUGCAAUUCUAAUGAGUGCGACUAUUUCGCUCAAUUAAUGAGAGUAGUCAUGAUACCAACCAUUGAUUUAUCAUUCCAACCAAUUAUAGAAAUUUCACAAUCAACUGAAAAGUUUGCAAAUAAAUGGGAAUUUAGUUUAGAAUCUACCACACCAUUAUCAAAAGAUCAAUUCUAUACAUUAAGAUUACCUUUGUUUGUUUUGUUGUUAUUAUAA